AUGGAGCUCAACAGCAACAACGACACCAAGAGAUCUUACUCAGCAGUGACGAAUACUCCUUCUUCCGAACCACCGAGAAAGCGACAGCGUAUUUCAAGUCCUUCGGCCCAGCCUACACGUGUUCAGCCCGCUCGUAGGGCCAGACUUCAGCAGAGCGAGAGAGAAGCAGCACGGCAGCGCGCAAUCCGUCUCCUCCUCCGCUACCAAGCUCUUCCCCAAGAGGUAUCACCAAAGCCACAGCGAGAGACGCCCUCCACCAGACCCAGCAUUAUACUCCACCACAUCGUUCAUCCUCAAUGGAAGCACCUACCGUUCGAGAAGCCGGGACAGAUCUCACUGAAAAUCGCCAUCAAUGCGCACGAGAACGAGUCUGAUAUCGUCUCCUAUGCCCCCCAAUCAGCCAAUGGGAGCCACCUCCCUCCAUGGAUAUGCGACACCGUUGUAUGUCUCCAGCUCCCGCACAGAGCCGCAGUCGUCACACGAACAGAGGUAGAUGACCUGAAGACACACCUGAUGCUUUUUGGUACAGACAUGGAAGACGCCCUGAAGCACAAGGAAAGAUAUCAAUCGCUGGAUUUCCUAGGAGAAGAGUCGUCAACGGUAGACUGGUACUUUGCGCUCACCAAGACACGGGGACGAAACUCGGAGCCCACGCUUUUGAUCAGAAACCCUUUCGACAAAUCGCAGCAUGAGUUCUCUAUCCCGACGGUCAUGGACCUGGAAGCACAACGGGUGAGAAUUCUUCUAGAGAUGAUCAAGGACGACUUCAAGAGGAAAUCCAGCCUGUCGCUGGCGGAGGUGCAAGACAUAUUCUUCAAGAGAACCAAGAUCCUGAUCGUCUCGUGCUGUCCCACUGGCAAUUCACGCACGGACAAGGCCACUCGAGACUUUGAGGAGAACUUGCAUGGCAAAUGGAUCGAACAGAUCCAGUUCCCUAAGCAGAAGGUGCGUUUUUUGAACCGAGCUGAAGCCUGCGCACGCUAUCACGGGUCAACCCACUUGCGAGCACAGCUGGCCUGGGCGUGCAAGACCGACAAGCCGGUGCAGACCUUCGCCACAAACUUCCAUCGCACGGCCAUUGUCGUCUUGGAUGUCGACGCCUGCUUUACCGGCGUGUGCACCACGUUGGUCCAGGCGCAGGACGGUCGCUGCUCGGUCAAGGCCAGCAACAAGUCGGUCAACAGCGUUCAAGGCCGGAUCGGGCUGAAGAAGGCCGUGAGAGACAUGCUGGGACGGACACACGGGCAGGCGAUCAGCGCGGCGGCGUUCGAGUCCAACCAGGCGUACGACGAGGUACUUCGGGGCCUGGUCGAUGACUUUGGGAUGGCUCUUGACUUCUUCGAGCUCAACCGCAGCGAGAUGGCACUCUUGUUCCGCGAGGGCAUCUCUCACACCAGAUCGCAUGGCCACAACACCGCCGCUGCGCGCAAGAUCGUGCUGUCGAGAGGCAGCGUGGAAGCCGUGGUGAGGGAAUGGCUGGCACCCAUCGUCGGCCUUGCCAGGGAGCACCUUCUGGGCCUGGAGCGCGCACUGGCUGCCUCCAAACGUCAAGACACCAGGCUGCAGGUCCUCAUGACGGGAUUCUGGACGCAAUCGCCCUGCAUCGUGAAGGUCUUUGCGGCUGCCCUUCGCAGUGAAGGCCUGCCUCAUACGACCUCAAUCAUGGUGGACACAACCAUGGACAACUCGACAUCUGCCACGUUGGGGGCCUUGUGGUCGAUGACCGCCGACCACGACGGUUGCUGGGAGGAGGAGGUCACAAAGCCAGUGUCGUUGCAGGCCACGACCGGUUGA